CAUAAAUGCUAGAAGGAGAAGAAAUUGAAAAUUUAAAGGAGUUCCGUAGUGAUGAAGAAAGGACUGAAAACUGGAACGAGAAUUUACGAUCAGAUUGCUUAUCCCCUCUUGAGGCGAAUGGAUUUGAACCUGAGAUUCCAAAAAAUGAAAGGAUGGCUAUUAAUGAUUUAAAAAUAACAAAGUCACUUAGUUCUAAUAAAAAUCGAAUUUCCUCAAACAAAUAACUCUCUGGAAUCAAAUAGUGAUUUGAUUAAGUCACGGCAUCGAGUGAAUUCCAACAAUGGGCCGAAUAUGGAUACUUACAAGUUUCCAAAGCCAACAAAUUCUAAAUCUCUUGGGCACACAAAGAACGUGCCUAGUGAUACAAACCUACUGCAGAGUAGGCAGGAGGAGAGCCCAGCACGCCGCCGGAGAUGCCCCAGUCCUAACUUCCGUAGGAAAGGCACUAUUCUACCGAUGAAAUUUGGUGAUUCUACUACUACCCCUCCAACACCACAAGGAUUUAGCCUGAAGAAGUUCAUGGAAGAAAAUGAGAAGAAAAAUCAUGAAGCUUCACAGAAAAUAGAAGCUGAUACACUCUCUACUGACUCUAACAGCGGAGAUCUUGAAAAUAGGUGACUUUGAAGAGUUCAUGACAAGACAAGGAUUAGGUGGGACCUUUUCAUAAUGCUAUGAGCAAUUUGGAAUAGCAUCCAGAUUCCAUAUAGCAUUGCUUUCACACCGGACUCAGAUUCAGGAGUAUUCGAUAUAGUCACUAACUUAAUAAUGGAUAGUUUCUUUAUUGUAGAUAUCAUGCUAAAUUUUCGGACUACUUACUUAGACGAAGAAAAUGGAAUAGAAAUAGCCUCUAACCGUAAAAUUUGACUGCAGUACAUAAAAGGGAGAUUUUGGAUAGACCUGGUCUCAUCGUUACCAACAGACAUAAUUCUGCUAGCCUUUAACCCUGGAAGUGGCAUAGAGACAACCUUGAUUCUACUAAAGUUACUCAAGUUAAUCAGGCUUUCGCGUCUCUCAAGAGUAAUAACCUACCUCAAUUUUAAAUCAAAUGUAAAAAUGUCCUUGAGGUUGUUCCAACUCAUAUUUUUCUUGAUCCUAUACUUUCACUUAACAGCAUGCUUUUGGUUUUAUAUCACAAGGGAUAACAAGAGGUGGAUACCUCCUUAUGAUGAAAAUAAUGACGGUAGCAAUAUCUAUGAGUCGAGUAGCUUCAGCCAAUACUUAACUUCGAUCUAUUACUCUAUCCUCCUACUGGCAGGAAAUGAUAUGCUACCUCAAGGUGAUAGGCAGAUUAUGUUCUUAUCCAUAGCGCUCUUCGCUGCAGCCAUAAUCAAUGCCAAUAUUUUCGGAAAUAUUGCUGUGCUCUUACAGCAAAUUUAUAGAAAAACCGCGCAGUUUCAGGAGAAGGUAGAGAAUGCUACCUCUACUAUGAAGAACUUGCAUGUACCUGAAAAUUUGUCAAAAAGGAUCCAAGAAUAUUUAACUGAAACUCAGAGUACUCUGGACCAGCAGACAGAGUUUGAUAACUUCUUGAGUAUUCUUUCUCCAAGUCUAAGAAUCGAAGUCACGAAGCAUAUCUUCCAUGAGUCCUUAUUAAGCAUUAAUGUCUUUAAUAAUAAAGUAGAAGUUAUCAACUAUAUCAUCCAAGAUUUGCAUACAGUGCUGUACUUUCCUGAAAACGAAAUCUGAAGGCAGGGCUCUAACCACAAAGAGCUUUACUUCCUCGCCAAAGGCGAGGUAGAUGUCUUUGUUGUUGAUGAGAACCAGCAGACUAAGUUCAUCCAGACUCUAAACUCUGGUGAAUACUUUGGAGAAGUUGCUCUUCUCAAAGACUGUGCCAGGACUGCUACUGUCAAAAGCCAAGGGUACUCCACCUGAGCAUCACUAGAAAGCCAAACAUUUCAGAAGCUGCUGGAAACAUAUUCUUUUGUCAAAUAAAUCUAUGGAAAGAAAGAUUCAUGAAAAAUAUCAAGAUAAAUGGAGGAAGUUUGUGAAAAGAUCUCUGAGAAAUGUCGAGUUUCUAGAUAAAUCAGUACCUGAAGAUCUAAUAGAAGAGCUCUCGUUUAAAAUGCAAUUCAAAAAUGCUUCAAGAGAUGAUUAUAUUUUUAAGAGCGGAACACCGUGAAGAAACAUUAUUAUCAUUGCAAGCGGAAGAGUCGAAAUUUUGAUCAUGAAUAAUAAUAAUGGCGAUGAAAGCUACCUUGAUACUCUUUAUUCAGGAUGAACUAUUGGCUCUUAUAGCGUUCUCAACAAUGAUGACUACUGUACCAGUUGCAAGGCUCUCACGGAUGUGACUUACCUCACACUUGAUUUCACAAUACUAGAACAAAUGAGGCUAGUUUAUGAAGAGCUAGAUGACAGCAUGUGAGAGCUUGAAGACUACAUCGAGAACUAUCAAUUACCAUAUUGUGAUUACAAACUUCAGAGAGGAAAAGAUUGGGACUUAAAGCCAAUCCAGAAGUUCCAAAAUGGUAUCAACAGAAUUAUCAGAAUAGUGAAAUCCUACCAAUCUAACACCUUCACGAAUCUUCUGAAGAAGGUUCAAGAUAGAAUUAAGAAGGAAAGAAAUCUCAAAAUAAAAUAGGGUUUAAACACAAAAUUAUGAAAGCAAAUCCUCAAAAUUUUGAGGAGAAAAUGGAAAAAUUAAUAAUAGAGCAAUCAAUUCAGCUCCAAAAAUUAACUGAAAUUGUGACCCAGCAGA